AUUCCCAACAACAAAGGCAGAGGCAGAAGCGAGAGUCUGGGAGAGCACUCGCUUCUUCCAUUCCAUUUUCAAAUCUCAGAUUUCUCUCUCGACCAGAAAACAAUGGAUCUCUCUGAAAAAUCGUCCCGUCAGUCUCUGAUUCCUAGCUUCCUCUACGGCUCCUCCUCCGCCAAAACUUUUGGCCUCGAGAGGAUGCUUCACGCCGCCCCUCUCCCCGCCGCCAAGGUCCAGCCCAAGGCCUUCGUCAUUCCCGCUCCCGCCGAGCCUGCCGGGAAGAUCGAGAUGUACUCGCCGGCCUUCUAUGCUGCCUGUACUGCCGGUGGUAUUCUCAGCUGUGGUCUCACUCACAUGGCCGUCACUCCACUCGACCUCGUCAAGUGCAAUAUGCAGAUUGACCCUGCAAAGUACAAGAGCAUAUCUUCUGGUUUUGGAAUUCUGUUAAAGGAGCAGGGUGUUAGAGGAUUCUUCAAGGGGUGGGUGCCUACCCUCCUUGGUUACAGUGGUCAAGGUGCCUGCAAGUUCGGCUUCUACGAGUUCUUCAAGAAGUACUACUCUGACCUCGCCGGUCCUGAGUUUACUGCCAAGUACAAGACUCUGAUCUACCUUGCUGGUUCUGCUUCUGCUGAGGUCAUUGCUGAUAUUGCACUCUGCCCCUUUGAGGCUGUCAAGGUCAGGGUACAAACUCAGCCUGGAUUUGCCAGGGGUUUGUCUGAUGGGCUUCCCAAGUUUGUCAAAUCUGAAGGCGCUCUUGGGCUGUACAAGGGAAUUGUUCCACUAUGGGGUCGCCAAAUUCCAUACACAAUGAUGAAAUUUGCAUCCUUUGAGGCCAUUGUGGAGAAUAUCUAUAAAUAUGCCAUCCCCAGACCCAAGGAUGAGUGCUCCAAAGGUUUGCAGCUGGGUGUGAGCUUUGCUGGUGGAUAUGUGGCUGGUGUUUUCUGUGCUAUUGUGUCUCACCCUGCUGACAAUCUUGUCUCUUUUCUGAACAAUGCCAAAGGGGCAACUGUUGGUGAUGCUGUGAAGAAGAUUGGGGUGGUUGGUCUGUUUACCCGUGGUCUUCCCCUCCGGAUUGUCAUGAUUGGAACUCUUACUGGAGCUCAGUGGGGUAUCUAUGAUGCCUUCAAGGUCUUUGUUGGACUGCCAACCACUGGUGGUGUCACUCCUCCUCCAGCUGCGGCUGCUGGUGCCGCCUCAGAGCUUGCUAAGGUCUGAACUGCUGGAUGAACUGCCAUAUCAGCUCUUUUGUCAAAACUAAAAAGAUUGUCAUAGGAAUUAAAUAAGCAUAGGUUUGCUUGAAUUGCCUCCAAGCAAGUGGGGAGUAUUGUUUAUUUUGCAUCCGGAUCCUGUAUCCAAUUUUUCCAUGUUGACUAGACUGGCUCUAUGAGGAUGGUUUUGCUCUCAUCCUCAAAACGAUGUCUUUGUAGUUAGAUCAGGUAAAUUUGAAAAUUCAUACUAGGUUUGAGGGUUCUCCCUUUUUGAGAAUAGGCAACGAAAAUAAUGUUAGAUUCGGCCUUUUGUUUACCAUCUGAAUCAUGGGAACUAUGCCUUAAUGCAAUUUUUUUUGUCGUUUGAUAUUGUUUCAA